UGCUCUUUUAGUAAUACGCUAAAUAAAAAUAGUGGAAGUCAGCUGACUUGGGGUGGUUAUUCCUUGGAGUUGACAUCGGCAGGGCUGUGAAGUAGGGAUAAUGGCAACCUGCAGUAUAGUGCGGAGGCUGGCCAUGUCUGGAGAGGCCAAUUGGAUGUUGGUCAUUCUGUUAGCUGUCUGGAUAGAUGGUGCUUCUACUGAUAAGUUCACAUUGCUGAAAUCACCAGACUAUGUCAGGUUCCGGACUAUAGAUGUGCCAUUGCCUGGAGAGCGGAUCCAAGAUUUGGUAUCUUUGUCUAUGGGAUUCUCCGUGGAAGAGGCUGUUCCAUUUACUUUGGAUAGUGUUGCAAAUACCAUCCACUCACUGUUCCCAGAAGUUCCAGUGGUUUUGCAGCUGGCACCAAGUGAAGAGCGCUUGUAUAUGGUGGGAAAAGCAAAUACAGUUUUUCAGGAUCUUCCAGUAACAUUGCAGCAGAUAAAAAAUCGUAUGUUCCAAGAUAAUUCUAUUUUGAAAACAAGUUCCUUGAACUCAUUAAACAAAAACAGUGAGGCUGAUAUUCUGUUCCUGUCAGAACUUCAAGUUCUCAAUGACAUUUCCACACUGUUAUCCCGUCACAAGCAUCUGGCAAAAGACCACUCUCCUGAUCUUUUUGGCUUGGAGCUGGCAGGUUUGGAAGAGAUUGGGAAGCAUUAUGGUCUAGAAUCUCAGCAGUUUAAAGAUGCAUCUCAAAUUCUUGUUGACUGUCUGCAGAAGUUUGCUGAUGAAAUGUCUGACAUCUAUGGUGGAAAUGCCAUUAUUGAAGUUGUGACUGUGAAAAACUUCGCUAAUCCUUUUGUCAGGAAAACUCGUUCUAUCCUGGAAUCUGUCCAGAUUAGCAACCCUGGAAGCCCAUAUAAUCUGGCGUACAGUUACAACUUUGAGUAUGCAGUGGUCUUCAACAUUGUACUCUGGAUCAUGAUAGGCCUUGCUCUUGCUGUAAUCGCCAUUUCGUACAAUCUCUGGAACAUGGAUCCUGGCUAUGACAGUAUCAUUUACAGGAUGACUAAUCAAAAGAUUCGUCUGGAUUAGAUUGAUGCCAUUUUCUUGCUUCUUAUUAAAGUCUUUGUUUUUACUUCAUUCCAAGGUCUUUGUCUAAGUGCCCACAUCCCACAGUACUAUUACCAAAUUACAGCACAGGAAAUUGAGCCUACUAGAUAAUGACCGCAAAAAAAAAAAAAAAAAUGAUUUUAACAUGCACAGAUUGGAUGUAAUGGCACACUCAGGUUGGGCAUGUCAGUCAUGUAUUGGUGUAAUUAUUAUUUCUGGUUUCAUAACUUGAUUAUCUGUACUAGCCUCUGGAGUAUAUUUAGAAUAUUAAUUUAUAAUUGAACUAACUCUGAACCAGUACAUUGUGUUUGGUGUACUCUGCAGCUAAUUCCUAAUGCUGACAGCAAAUGUUAAUUUGUUUACUUUUCUGUAGUGAUGCAUUUUUAGUUUGUUUAUUGGAUAGGAGUCUAAAUUUCUUCACUUGAGUUUUUCGCUUUCUAGGAUUAUUCAUGGUAUGGAUUGAGUUUGUGUUGAUUGCUUGAUUGGUUAUAAUUAUUAUCUUUAUUGUAAAGUAAUUGUUCUAAUGAUUGUGUGGUAAGUUAUGAAAACAUGGCCAUUUUCUUUAAUGAACAUUUUUGCCUGAAAUUGAAAAGAGCUGGGACGUGGAGCAAAAGGUCCAGCACUCAGAAUAGGCCUCCAGUGUUUCCAUAGUUGUAUAAACUGUUUGUUUGGUUUUAUUGACUGUCAUGUAAAGCGAAAAAAAACUUCCAUCACAUGGGAAACAAACUUAAGCAUUUAAUUCUUAGAUUAUAAAUGAAGCUGAACUUUUUUUACCAUUCUUCUUUGAAGUUUUCAGGUUGUAAAUAUCACAGUUUUUUUUUUUUUUUCAGCCUUAACUUUUUUCAGACUGUUAAUUUGUAUUUCAUUUCCGCAGCUGUCUUUCUUAAGGAUUAACAGUCUUAUUCCCUGGUAGGUUGAAGACUUACAUAUAGUGGGCUGCUGCACCUUCAAUUUUUAUAUUGACUCCAUGACACUUGGAGAAUUGAUUGCACUGAUAAAGUAGUUGUCAUCAGUAUAUGAUGGCAUCUUCACUGUAUUUUUAUUUUCAGUUCACUCUGACCUCCUGCAAGACAUAGUGCUUUGUACUUUCCUUGUCUGAUGGCUGAUAUCAUGAAAGUAUUGUUUUCUGCAUUUCUAUGUGCUAGCUUAUCUCCUACAUGCUAGCUCCUUGGUAACUUCCUGAGCUGAGUUAAUGGCCACUUUUAAUCAUGGUAUGAAAUGAUCUGUGUGAGUAUCCAGUGUCAUAUGUCAUAUACAGUGGCUGAAGAUGCCUGCCAACCAUACCUCUCAACUGCCCAGAAUUUCACAGAAUGUUCCUGAUGUUGCUUCACAGAGUUUUUGGUUUGCUGAUAAAUCACUGAGGAUUGCAGUCUGUCAAGUUUUUCAGCAAUGAUGGACAUUUAAGUUUCAUACAUAUUUUUCAGAAAAUGCACAUUGGUGCAUAUUUGAAAAGAUGUGUCUGAUUUUUUUUGGCUUUGAUAAGAAUUACAGAGCAAACAAGUUGAGAGGUAUGACCCCUCCCCCAACACACGCACACACAAAGGUUGCUUUGCUUUUGCCAGAACAAGUAUACUGUAACAUUGAAUAGCCAUUUCUCUGCUUCAGUGCCCUUUGCUAGAGUUGUAGACUUGCCUUAUCAAAGUAGUAAAAUUAUGAUUUUUAGCCUGUCCAGUGGAUGACCUUAGCAUUGGGUCACACCUGUGGUCCUUUCUUGAGAAGGGAGACAUUCAGUGGGGUACUUCAUUUUUCUUUUUUGGUUGACCCACUGCCAUUCUAGUUUACUUGCUUUACAUUUGCAAGUGUUUACAUAAGGUGGACUGCUUAAAAUUAUAUUUUUAAUAAGACACUGGGUACUUAGUUUUAGAGGCCAGUAUACAUGCUGUUAGUAUCUUAAUAGCUUUUAAUUAACUCUGAGUUGAAAAUAUAUUUGUGUAUCAGGUGGCUUACCUGUGUAUAUUGAAGAAAGAUUUAGUUUAUUAGGUACACUGUGCAGGGUACUGUGUUUAUUUUCUUUAAGUAAAUAUAAUGGCAAAGGCCUACACCCAUGCUGUAUGGUUCAGGGGUACAUUAAUUCUAGCCUUGUACUACAUUGAGUGGAACAUUUUCAUGGAAAAAAAAGAUCAUUCCAGGUCUCCAUUCUGACUUUAAAUGCAUCAGCUACCCUAAAAACUGUAGUUUCCUACAAUGGAAAAUUGUGUGUGCAUAUAUUGAGGGACAGACAGUAUUCAUGGUGCACUAUUUAUCUUAACUUGUCUUAAUGACUUUAUGGUUUUCACAUUCAUAAUGGUAAUGUGAGUCCUACAGAUAGUUUUGAGUAUAUAUUGCAGUUACAAAAUGUUUGUUAAAAUACAGUGCAGUUAAGCAUUAUGAUGUUUUGUGAUGUUUUAUUUUGAAAAAAAAAAACACACUGAACCAUUGUGAAGUUUAAAUGGGAUUAAAUAAAUGGUCAAAUAUGUGAA